AUGGUUUACGACAAGCAGCGCGACGAGUCGCGCGACUCGGAUCCUCGUUUUGAGACUGCAGACCUGCAGAAGAUGUCGCCAGGGAGGUACAUCAGUACGCGCUUCUCCACCCUGAAGCCGCCAAUGAACAAGGCCCCAAAUCCUUUCAAACUCCUCGCCAUGCUCAACCUCCAGCAAUGGUUGUUUUUCCUCGUCGGUUUUUUGGCCUGGUCAUGGGAUGCCUUCGACUUCUUCACAGUCUCCCUUACCGUGCCACAACUCGCAAAGCAAUUUGGGAAAGAGGAUACUCAGAUCACUUGGGGUAUUACCCUAGUGCUUAUGUUCCGUUCCGUGGGAAGUAUUGCUUUUGGUAUUGCUGCAGAUAGAUACGGCCGAAAAUGGCCCUUCGUCGUCAACAAUAUCCUAUUCAUCAUCCUCGAACUCGGCACUGGCUUUUGCCAGACCUACAAGCAAUUUCUCGCAUGCCGCGCCCUCUUCGGUGUAGCUAUGGGUGGUCUAUACGGCAAUGCAGCAGCCACUGCUCUUGAAGACUGUCCAGAAGCAGCUCGAGGUCUGAUAUCUGGCAUGCUGCAACAAGGCUACGCGUUUGGCUACCUUCUCGCCACAGCCUUCGCCCGUGGCUUAGUAGAUACCACUUCUCACGGCUGGCGCCCUCUGUACUGGUUCGGAGCCUGCCCUCCCGUCCUGAUCAUCAUCUUCCGUCUCUGCCUACCCGAGACCGCUGCGUUCAAAGACCGAGCCGCCGUCCGCCAAGUCAGCGGCAACCUCACAAGUACUUUUCUCGCCGAAGGCCGGGUUGCGCUCAAAAAGCACUGGAUCCUUUUACUCUACCUUGUCCUCCUCAUGGCUGGCUUCAACUUCAUGUCCCAUGGCUCCCAAGACCUGUACCCUCUGAUGUUAGAAAAUCAAUUCGAAUUCUCCGCCAACGCCGUCACCGUAACCCAAGUCGUCGCCAAUCUAGGCGCCAUGACGGGCGGCACCGUCGUCGGCUACUCCUCCCAGAUCUUCGGCCGCCGCUUUAGUAUUAUCUUCAUCUCCAUCAUCGGCGGUGCCUUGCUCUACCCAUAUACCUUCACCAGCAGCCACAAAAUCAUCGCCGCAGCCUUCUUCGAACAGUUCUGCGUGCAGGGAGCAUGGGGCGUUAUCCCAAUUCAUCUCAUGGAACUGUCACCAGGAUCUUUCCGUACCUUCGUCGUCGGCACAUCCUACCAGCUCGGCAACCUCGUCUCUUCCGCAUCUUCAACCAUCGAAAGCACAAUCGGCGAACGAUUCCCACUUCAGCCCCUGAUCAGCGCCAAGGGUGUCAAGACGAAGCGAUACGAUUACGGCAAAGUCAUCUGUAUUUUCAUGGGCUGCGUGUUCGCCUACGUGAUCAUCCUCGCCCUGGCCGGACCCGAGAAACUCGGUCACAAAUUCGGCGUCGCGCAUGAUUCAGAUAUGUACGAUGCGGCGGGUGAUGAUGCCGUGGCGGCUGUGGUGCAUAGGAGGGAGGCUAUGGGCCAUGACGCGGAUGAGUUUGCGGGCGAGGAGAAGGCGAUGCCCUCGCAGAGGGAGAUUAUGGCCUAA